UCCCCCGUGUGAUCGGGAAGCGUGGCUCGCGCCCCGAAGUGGCAUCUCGGCGCAACCACCGACUGCCUGACCUGCGUUGCCGCAAUUACGUCCCAGAAACUCCCAUACGUGUCUUUCCCCCCCUUUGGCGGGCGGAGACAGCGAACAGCCCCGGCAACCGGGUCAUAGGUCUCAAUUAGCGCAACGCAGGGAUCUGAAUGAGGGCGUAGAGGUAAUGGCAUCGACGAUAUCGGAUGUUUUUGAUGACGAUAAGUUUGAGGAACAUCUGCCCCGUGUUUCGCAAUACCUACACUUGUUAUUAUUAUUCGUUGCUCUCAGCUGCUACUGAUUGUGGCGUCGUGCGAUUGGUGUUGCGGGUAUUGUUCUAUAAACCUAGAGAAAGAGCGAGAGGAGAAGAGGGCUUUCCAACGCCGCCUAAAAAGAUUUAAAUUCCUGUUAUCAGACCAGGGAGGGGGUUGCGCAAAGUGAGCUUGGGAGGUUAAUUUUGGGUUCUUCAAAAAGCGGUCAAAAUGGCGACGGUGACGGCGACCACGGCGACGACGACGACGACUACGGCGGGCAACUGGGAGGGGCUUGCCGCCAAGAAGCGCCAGCAGCUGGCGAGCUCGAUCCCGGAGGAGUGGCGCAUCCCGAGUCACCUCCUGCCGCCCGAGGACCAGGAGGACAUUACCGGCUUCCCGGAGACGUCUGGCUGGUUUACGCCUGAGGAGCUCGCCAUCACGAACCUCACGGCCGAGGAGCUUCUGCCGAAACUCGCGUCUGGCGAGCUCAAGUCCGAGGCCGUCACCUUGGCCUUCUGCAAGCGCGCCGCCGCCGCUCACCAGCUGACGAACUGCCUCUCGGAGACGUGCUUUGAGCGGGCGCUCGCGACGGCCCGAGAGCGGGACGCGCACCUCGCGCGGACGGGCAAGCCGACCGGCCCGCUGCACGGGCUGCCGGUGUCGCUCAAGGACAACUUCCACCUCGCGGGGCUGGACGCGACGGUCGGGUUCGCGUCGCACGUCGGGGACCCGGCGGCGCAGGACGCGGUGCUCGCGGAGCUGCUCGCGGGCGCGGGCGCCGUCUUCUACGUCAAGACGAACGUGCCGACGGCCAUGAUGAUCGCCGAGAGCGUCAACCACGUCUUCGGCCGGACCGUCAACCCGCGGCGCCGCGGCCUCACGAGCGGCGGCAGCUCCGGCGGCGAGUCGGCGCUCGUCGCCUUCCGCGGCAGCCCGCUCGGCGUCGGCACCGACAUCGGCGGCUCGCUGCGCAUCCCCGCCGCCUGCACGGGCAUCUUCACGCUGCGGCCGUCCUUCGGCCGCUUCCCGACGCUGCGCUGCCGCUCGGGCAUGCCCGGCCAGGAGGCCGUGCAGUCGGUCAACGGCCCGCUGGCGCGCACGCUGGCCGACGUCGAGCUGUGGAGCCGCGCCGUGGUCGGCGCCGAGCCGUGGCGCCUCGACCCGCGGUGCCUGCCGAUCCCGUGGCGCGCCGUCGCGCUGCCCGCGCGGCUGCGCGUCGCCGUCAUGUGGGACGACGGGAUGGCGCUGCCGACGCCGCCGGUGACGCGGGCGCUGCGGCGCGCCGCCGCCGCCCUGCGCGCCGCCGGCCACCACGUCCUCGCCUGGUCCUCCGAGGACCAGCCCCAGGGCCAGCGCCUGCUCGACCGCAUGUUCGUCGCCGACGGCGGCGCCGCCAUCCGCCGCGAGCUCGCCCGCACCGGCGAGCCCUGGCGCCCCGAGAUGCGCAUGUACGCCGACGCCCGCGAGCUCUCCGCCUCCGAGUGCUGGCAGCUCCACCUCGACCGCCAGGCCUACCAGAAGCGCUACCUCGACCGCUGGCUCGCCGCCGGCAUCGACGCCAUCCUCUGCCCCACCACGCCCUACAGCAGCGUCGAGAACGGGAAGUUCCGCCACGUCGGCUACACCGGCGUCUACAACGUGCUAGACUACUCGUGCAUCUCCUUCCCCUCGGGCGUCACCGUCGACAAGGCCGCCGACGUCGCCCUCGGCGACGCCUAUACACCUCUCUCGGAUCUCGACCGCCAGAUCCAGGCCGAAUAUAACCCCGACGCGGUACACGGUAUGCCGGUGAACCUGCAGCUGGUGGCGCAGCGGCUCGAGGAGGAGAAGUGCGUCGCGAUGUGCAAGGUGGUGCUCGACGCGUUGUCGUAGGUAGGAUACCUGAGUAGCGACACCCAACAUGGUGUGGUCUACCCCGUUAGAAGGAUAACGUGUGCCGAUAUGACACCGAUCUAGGACGGCUAGAAUACCUAUACAAUAGACACGUCACAUAGAAAGCUAUACCUAUCAACUCCAUGGAAGGUGUGGGUGGCGAAAUAGUCUCCUGGUAUGAAAACAUGUAGUAUAGAUGAUAGGCCGCCUGUUUAAGUACGAGGUAUGAGCAUAGGUAGGUAGGUAUAUAUAAACGCCGGCAAUAAAUAUGGAUAUCUGACGGAGGGCAGAAACAUUACUUCGUAGCUACCGAUCAUUGACACCAUGUCGUGAUCCCCUUGAUUAUAUACCUAUAUAAAAACAAGAAUAAACUCCAACUACGCUUAAACGGGUUUGAGACGAGUACUUUUUUGCGAAUCAA